GUGGUGUUGGUGGUGUUGGCGGUGUUGGUGGUGGUGGUGUUGGUGUUGGUGGUGGUGUUGUUGGUGUUGGUGGUGUUGGUGGUGGUGUUGUUGUUGCCACUCCGGUGGAGUACCGGAGUGGCUCCUGUGGAUUCUGUACGGCAUCGAUGGCGGAGGAGGAGGAGGAGGCAGGAGGAGGCACGGCUUUGAUAGCCUUACCAGCCGCUGGUGAACUGCAGGUGGUGCUGCUGCGUUGGCCUGGUUACCUGGAGCUGGACCGCGUCGCCCCCGGCAACCCGGCCAUCGUCGGCAUGGUUACCAGCCUCCGGCUGUACAUGGCCAAGGACGCUGCGCUGCUUCUGAUUGGCUGUGAGUCCGGCUCCAUCCACUGUUGGGAUGUGCGGCGGCGGGCUCCCAUUGGCCGGCUGGACGCUCACAGCCAGCCAAUCACGUGUCUGGACGUGCUCGGGGGGCGUGGCAUCUCGGGGUCGGCGGGGGCGGGGCUGGCGACCUGGGGGGUGGGGCCAGGGGGGUUUGAGGGUCUCCGUGGCGACGGGGAGGGUCUCCGUGGCGACGGGGAGGGUCUCCGGGGCGACGGGGAGGGUCUCCGUGGCGACGGGGAGGGUCUCCGGGGCGACGGGGAGGGUCUCCGUGGCGACGGGGAGGGUCGCCGGGGCGACGGGGAGGGUCUCCGUGGCGACGAGGGAGGUCGCCGUGGCGACGGGGGAGGUCGUUGGGGCGACGGGGGAGGUUGCCGUGGCGACGGGGGAGGUCGUCGGGGCGACGAGGGAGGUCGCCGUGGCGACGGGGGAGGUUGCCGGGGCGACGAGGGAGGUCGUCGGGGCGACGGGGGAGGUUGCCGGGGCGACGAGGGAGGUCGCCGGGGCGACGGGGGAGGUCGCCGGGGCGACGGGGGAGGUCGCCGUGGCGACGGGGAGGGUCUCCGUGGCGACUGGGGAGGUUGCCGGGGCGACGGGGGAGGUCGUCGGGGCGACGGGGGAGGUCGCCGGGGCGACGGGGGAGGUCGCCGUGGCGACGGGGACGGUCUCCGUGGCGACGGGGAGGGUCUCCGCGGCGACGGGGAGGGUCGCCGGGGCGACGGGGAGGGUCGCCGGGGCGACUGGGGAGGUUGCCGGGGCGACUGGGGAGGUUGCCGGGGCGACGGGGACGGUCUCCGUGGCGACUGGGGAGGUUGCCGGGGCGACGGGGGAGGUUGUCGGGGCGACGGGGAGGGUCUCCGUGGCGACGGGGGAGGUCGCCGUGGCGACUGGGGAGGUUGCCGGGGCGACGGGGAGGGUCUCCGUGGCGACGGGGGAGGUCGCCGGGGCGACGGGGAGGGUCUCCGUGGCGACUGGGGAGGUUGCCGGGGCGACGGGGAGGGUCUCCGUGGCAACUGGGAAGGUUGCCGUAGCGACGGGGGAGGUCGUCGGGGCGACUGGGGAGGUUGCCGGGGCGACGAGGGAGGUCUCCGUGGCGACGGGGGAGGUCGCCAUGGCGACGGGGGUUAG